GAAACCUUGUGUGUAGUAAGUAGCGCGCGCUCCCUGGAUGUUGGAAAAAGCCAUGCAACGAGAUCACAAAUUACUAUACAUAAGCAUCAAGCCAAACGCUGGGGGAGGCUUGGUGCUAGGCUCCAACGGCCUGUACGAAACAAUCAACAAGCCCAGGGGCGUUCGCACCAGACGGUACCGGCGUGUACCUUUACUCGCCCAUACUAACUUACAAGUUUCAUUACUAUACAGGCCGAGAGACCAUCAUAACACCCCCACCUACCGACAGCCCGAAUAUCCGGGCGUCCUGCUGUUUUUCAGCCGCAGGGUACACGAAACAGUAGCAAAAAGCUCAGCUUGCCGAUCCCGUAGUCACUCCCCCUCCAUUAUUGGCUUAAGGUUGGGGAAAAGACCCUCGAUGACCUGCGAUAUGAAGGAUACUUGUAAGGCUGACCCCUCCAAUCCAGCCUCGCGAGUAAGAAACGCAGCCCUACAAGGGCUUGCAUGACUCCUACAUGGAGCUAGCUUUGCGUAGUCUUCCUUUGCUUUGAGUACCUAGGUACUCCUUACUACUCAUAUGAUAGCUCUCAACGAUGAAAAUCCCUUCCAUUCUGUAAUUUUCCUAAACGUAUACGACGAGACUAUCUGCCAACUUACAAACGCGUAACAAGUGUGGCUCGGAGGGCUGUUCAGUUUCGGACCAGAGCUCCGGGAUAUUAAUUAACCUUGGCGGUACGCAAUAUAACUUACAUGCCCUUGUCUUUGCCACUGGCCGCAGGGCCAAGCUUUUCUUUUUUUGUCACAUCUUAUAAGUGACAACGGAACCGCGGAGGGGGAGUGAACUGAAGCGAAAGGGCUCAUUAAUUUCCACGACAUACACGUAUACACUACUCCUAGUGCAUGGUUCCCGUAUAUCAACUAUAUUUGUUCUUGUCUACUUCCUUACCGCUGGCCCGGACUAGGUCCAUGGUAGGAUUCGCCCAUCUUUUUUUGGUAACCCUUUUCCCAUCAAUUGGGGCUUAAUAUCCGAACCCUGCUGGGGUAAGAUUUGAGAAGGCAGUGGAAAGAUAAAAAAAAAAAUGACAAACAAGGCAGAUCUAUUAAUCAAAAGGAAAGCAACGCAGCCCUGGCGAUGAAUGCUACCCUACCAACGUCACUUGGCCUUGCCGGUUGGACGAUCUCACAACUAUCCCACACCAACAUCAACACGCAGGGCCCAAGAAACAUAAAAACCGCAUCUCCGCAUACUAGACAGCAUCCACUUUAUUUUUUGGUUCUUUUCA